AUCAAAUCCUGCACCGAAGGCUACAUUUCCAAAGAGGGGCUCUCUUAUUCCUAGGACCUUAAUCCCUCUCCUCCAGCUAUCCAAGAACUGCUGAAAAUGUUUCCAAAAUGUUGGAAUUUUAUAAUAAUUAUCUCCAUUCUUCUUUCUCUUCAGUUAGGAGACGGACAGCCUUUUGAUUAUCCUACUGCAAAUUUGUCUACUACGUGGAUCAAUAGUGUCUCAGCUAACCAUUCUGUUGAUUUUACAGAUGGUUCAAAGGUGAGAGCCAUUCUGCUCAGAGGAACAUUUGGGCCUAGAUAUGCUUGUGGAUUCUUUUGCAAUGGCAAAUGUGAUAGCUAUCUGUUUGCAGUCUUUAUUGUUCAGACUAACAGUGUUUCAAACAUUGUCAUGCCAAGCUUAGGAUUUCCACAGGUUGUCUGGUCGGCUAACAGAAAUCAUCCUGUCAAAAUCAAUGCAACCCUGCAACUUACAUCAGGAGGAGAUUUGGUUUUACGGGAUGCUGAUGGGACUUCAGUUUGGUCUACAAACACGAGAGGAAGAUCUGUCGCAGGUUUAAACUUGACCGACGAAGGAAACCUGGUUCUCUUUGAUAGAAAUAACAAGGUGGUCUGGCAAUCUUUUGAUCAUCCUACUGAUGCUUUGGUUCCAGGGCAAAAAUUGGUAUCUGGGCAGAAGCUGACGGCUAGUGUUUCAAUUACCAACUCAACUGAAGGAGGUUUGUUUUCUGUUUUUGUUAACAACAAAGGUUUGUUUGCUUCUGUAAAAGCAAAUCCUCCACAAAUUUAUUAUCAACAGUUAGUUGAUGGUACAAAAGCAAAUAAAAAAGCAAGCUAUGCCAAGUUCCAAAACGGAAGCUUAGCCUUGUAUAUACAUUCUUCUGAACCAAGGGAUCCGGAUUCAGUGAUUACCCUGCCUCAGAUUUCCUCAGCUCAGUACAUGAAAUUGGGGUCCGAUGGGCAUUUGAGACUAUAUGAGUGGGCAGACGGGUGGAAAGUGGCGUUUGAUAUUCUUACUGGUUAUCUUGGUGAUUGCAAUUACCCCACGGUUUGUGGAAAAAAUGGCAUUUGCUCAAAUGGGCAGUGCAGUUGUCCUACAUCAGUCAAUGCUUCAAUGAACUAUUUUACACCAAUAAACGGAAGGCAGCCAAAUCUUGGCUGUUCUGAGAUCACUCCUUUGAAUUGCAAUGCUUCACGAUAUCAUAAUUUUCUUGAGCUAGAAGACAUGACUUACUUCACAUUUAAUGCAGAUAUUACUAGUACCAAUAUGGAUAGCUGUAAGCAAGCAUGUCUGGGUAACUGUUCGUGUAAAGCAGCUAUAUUUCGUUAUGGUUCAAAUUCUUCUAAUGGGGAUUGCUAUUUACCUGCCCAGAUCUUUUCAUUGAUGAACAAUGAGCAGGACAAGACUCAUUAUAAUUCAUCUGUGUUCAUGAAGGUGCAGAUCACACCAAAUGCAUCAGCUCCUGCAAAAACUUCUCCUAAAGAUCAUGAUUAGCAGAGAGUGGAAGCACUAGCCUGAAGAAGCAAUGAACCAGAAUCUCUUUCUUCUUAAUGUUGCAAGUAUUGUGUGUUGUUUCUAUCUGAUAGUUUCUCAGACUUCAUGCUACCCCAUGGCCUACUCAUCGACAACCUGUAUCAAUCAUGAAGUCGUAGUUGUUAAUUCAUCUCGCUAUUAAACACUGAAUGAUCCUGAAUUUCUUAGUGUCAUCCUUCUCCGAGAAAGGGUAGUAGCACGGUUCAUCUGUAGCUUCUGUGUUACUCAAAAUGUUAGUUAAUAAUGCUUCUUAAGAGCCCUUACUAAUAAAUAGAGAUGCAGAUGGGCAUCUCUUCUUCUAGAGUUCUCCUGGUGCUGGUUUUGAUACUAUUGUACUUUUGUACUGUAAUAUCCCAUUUGAUAUCUGCAACAUUCUCGAUGAUUGUUUUUAACUUGUUGGAUCAAUGAAGAAGUUUCCAUGGUCUUUCGGGAA